GUUUUGUUUCUCAUAACUUGCAAAGCACUUUACACACACAAACCCUAGCUCUCUUCCUUCUCUCUAGAACUCGACGGCAACACACACCCUCUCUAUCGAAGAUCUUUCUUGUUCGGAUCAAUCAUUUAUUCCAUCCUCUCAAAUCGCUUUGGGGUUGUUCUAAACAAAACCCUCGAUAAGAAACUUGACAAAUUUUCAUACCUACUUUGAUCGCCGCCGUUGACAGUUAUCUUGAUCGGAACAAUGGUGUACAUUGUUUCAUGGGACGAUUUUGUCGAACGAUCCGUUCAGUUGUUCCGCAAUAGCCCCCAAAACACUCGUUAUGUGAUGAAAUACAGACAUUCUGAUGGUAAAUUGGUCCUCAAGGUCACUGAUGACAAAGAGUGUCUGAAGUUUAAAACAGAUCAGGCACAAGAUGCUAAAAAGAUGGAGAAGCUCAACAACAUAUUCUUCACCCUCAUGGCUCGCGGUCCUGAAACUGAUAUAACGGAGGUCACCGGAAAAGAACAAAUAGCGCAGCCUCCCAAAAGAGGCAGAGGAAGGAAGCAAUAAUUUUCAAGCCAUUUCAUUGUUGGUUUUCUAGACUUGUCACAAAGCCCCAUUUUGUUAAAUUUUCAAGUAUUAACCUUUUUUAAAGCUGUAUGAAUCCAGUAGAUCUUUUGGGGUGAACUCUUUGCAAUAUUUUAUAUUUCUACUUUUGCUUUGCAUUGCAGAAUCUCAUAAUCUUAUUCUAUAUGAA